AGGGAGAUGUACUCUUGCAAAGCUUGCUAAGGACUGAUAGUUAAGUAACCACAGCAGCUGCUACAUGAUGCUCUGCAGGGGGAAUUGAACUUUUUUUCAGCAGUUUGUUUUAAGACAGGGUUCAAACUGUUUUAAUUGGAUUUUAACAAUGUUGCCCAGAUUUCUUUCAUGUGCACUUCUAUCAGUUUCCUGCUUUGGACUAGAAAUGAUUGCCUUAAGAAAAGUUGUUUCUCGACUUUAACUGCGUUUGAAGGACAUAACAAUGAAUAAUCAAUCGAUGACAGGGAGGACAAUGGUCCCGACCAUUCCGUCCAUUAUGUUCAUUUUUGGGGUGGUUGGAAAUGUUAUCGCCAUCGUAGUUCUUUGCAAAUCUCGCAAAGAACAGAAGGAAACCACAUUUUACACGCUGGUGUGUGGACUGGCAGUGACGGACCUGCUGGGCACACUGCUGGCCAGCCCGGUCACCAUCGCCACUUAUGUGAAAGGCUCGUGGCCCGGAGAGGACCCGUUGUGCCAAUACUUUGGGUUCACAUUGCUCUUCUUCUCUUUGGCAGGGCUCAGUAUCAUAUUUGCCAUGUCCGUGGAGAGAUACAUCGCUAUUAACCAUGCGUACUUCUACAAUGACUAUGUGGACCAAAAACUGGCGGGUUUGACACUCCUAGCGAUAUACAUCUCCAACGCGCUUUUCUGCGCCCUGCCGAUUGUUGGCUUUGGACAGGUGAAAAAACAAUACCCGCAGACUUGGUGUUUUUUGGAGUGGAGGAGCAACAAGACUAGCGAUGCAGCUUACUCCUACAUGUACGCCGGUUUCAGUUCUAUUCUGAUCCUCGCCACUGUUAUCUGCAACGUGCUGGUGUGCGUGGCUCUGAUUCGGAUGCACCGGCGCUUCGUGCGUAGGAUGUCGCUGGGAACCGAUCUUGGGCGCAACGUGGACCCGCCGAGGAGAGGACGCAGCUUUGGACGUCUGGCCGGUGCAGAGAUUCAGAUGGUUAUUCUGCUUAUAGGCACUUCGGCAGUGGUGCUUAUCUGCUCCAUCCCACUUGUUGCUCAGGUGUUUUUGAACCAGCUGUAUAAAACUCCAGUGGAGCUGCGUCUGGACAAAAACCCUGAUCUCCGAGCGAUACGAUUUGCCUCCUUUAAUCCCAUUCUUGACCCCUGGAUCUACAUCCUGCUCCGCAAGGCCGUUCUCCUCAAACUCAUUGAGAAAAUCAAGUGUUUUUUUUGCAAGAUUGGAGCACGGAGGCAACAGAGACAGGGACAUUUACACUGUAUAGACGCCCAACAACACUCCUUGGCUAUUUCUAACCAGGAUUCAAAGUCGUUGGUUUCCCACGACCUGAGAGACUUCACCAGCAGCUCCCAGACGUUCCUCUACCUGCCAGAGGGAGGUGAAGUGUACAAAGGAAGCUGCCAUAAAUCAGAAACACCCUCUGCUUCACAACCUUCAUCAGUCAGAAACUCACAAGCAUCUUAUUUGUCUGAGCAGGGCAGCUUUGAGGCUCAGAGUAAAGAAGGGAAAAAUUUAAUCAGGGACGUUUCAGCACUGCCAUGCCCAAAAGACCAAGCACUUCAGGUGUCGUUGAACACAGACACAGUUGAGGAAAAAUGUAUCUGACUUAGGAAAAAACUCUGAGUUCAGUCUAAGGGAAAACGUCUGCUAAAAGUGAACUUUUAUAAUUCUGAAAUUAGUAAUAUAAAGAAAAUGACUCUUGUGAUGCGGGGCACAUGAAGUGAGAGAAAAAGAGGAACUUGAAGUGCUGUGAGCUUUAUCCUCCUGUUGUUCUCUGUUUCAGCAUCCAGCUACCUCAAGUGACUAUUUCUGACUGCAUGAGCGAUUUGUCUUUUUGCCCAAAACAGAUGUCGUUCUAACAGAGAUUACCCACUACUUCAUUACUCAAGUUUCAGUGAUGGAAAAUCACUUCAUAAUUUCAGCAAUACUUUGUUCAAUCAUUGUAAAACCCUUAACUGUGACAUAGAUGGUCCAGUUGUGUAGAAUCAUUGAGUCACAGGCUUGUGCUUAAUAUCAUAAUUUAAACAGUUUUGAAUGUGAUCCCACUAAGUAAUCACUGGCAUGUGUGCUGCCAUUGUAAUUUACAUAUUUAACAAACUCUAUUGUUCAGCGCUUUUUGAAGGACAUGAGUUAGUUCCAUGACUGAUAAAUAGUAUUUGUAUGUGGCAAACACUGAGGGUUUUGUUCCUAAGCCCUUGAAUACACACACAUAUGUCAUCUCAAAUUAUGAAAACUUUCCCAUUUUACAAUUAGGCUACAAUGGUUCCUGUGCUGUAGUUAUCAACACUUAUCCCUUCCCAAAGCUACAGAAAGUGUGUUAACCUGUGGUCAGAUGUUGCAUUAAUGUUGAAUUCAGCUAAAUUUGAUAUCAAACUUAUUUCAGCACACUUGUCAUGUUGAGAGAAAAAUGUGUUGUAGAUGAUUGAUGUUGUGUAAAAUAUUGUUUGUAAUAACAUUAUUCUUCUCCAGGAGAAGGUUAUCGAUGAACCACACGCCUUAAGGGACUGUCCACACUAAAAGAUGUGUUUGUUUGAUCAGAACGCAUGUCGUUGAAUUGCUAUUUUCAGCACAUCCAACAUCCAGAAAAUCACGACUUUGCAAACACUUACCUACAAAUAUUUCCAUUGGCAGUUAUGCUGUAGAUUAUCUUCACUCAAAUGAUUUGUUCUGGUCAAACCAUGCCACAUUUUUUUUAUGGUAGGAUUCCCCUUUUUUAUUUUCUCAUAAUGAUAGUCAAUUGACACUUUCUGCAGCUGUAUAACCCCUGUACAUUUACAUGACUGAACCUUUGAACCCAUACGUUUGAGCUUUUUCACUCAAAUGAGCUUUCAGCUUGGAGGCAAAUUCUGCCUCCCUGUUAUCAAAUCAGCUCCAGAUUGUUGCUUUAUGUAAUGGAUACAAUUCCUGCCUUAUUUCAAGGUCUUUAAUUUAUUUUUUUAUUUGGUAUUUAAAUGAUGCACUUUAUUUUGUAUUAUGCAUAUAUUGUGAUGUACAAUUAAAUCUGUGGCCACAUAGUUACUGUUGUAUCACUUUUCAUAUCUGUGAAAGUUCUGUGGUUUGUGCUAAAGUCUAGCGGUAAUAUCUGAGAAAUUUAGGAAAGUAAAUGUAUACUUUUUAUAAUGCAGCUUUAACGCCCUUGGUAUUGUUUCACAGCAAACAUGACCUGUGUCAUAUCAUCAUAUGUUGUCAACAUAAAGCGGAAGUUAAUAAUAUAAGCACCAAGUUUCUCACUCUCUCUUUUGCUGCUAAGGUUUGGUGAGAUCCUCUCAUGACCCCCAUUAGCAAAGACACAUGGCCCAAAAGAGAACAGGCUUCUCCAAAGUUUAUAGACGAAUAAAGGAAAGUUUAACACUCUGGGGUAAGGUUAGAUUUUUCUAAGUGUACGGAAAAGCUCUGGGUCUUGCUAAUGUGUCAAAUAGCUAAUUCCAGACAUACACAGAAACAGAGAAUGGAGUGGGAAAAUCUCAGGAAGUCGACCUUGCCGGGACAGCUUCAGUCCUGAAACAAUAAACAAAAUCUAAGGCUCCAAUGCAUUGCAAUUAAUCUUAAACAAGCAAUGCAG